AUGGCGAUUGGCAUCCGUCCCGCCUCUUUCGCGUCCGAGACUACCCCGCUUGCUCCCGAUCGGCGUGCAUCGUACGCGACAACCUCAUCCUCGACGACCUCGAUAUCCACCGCCUCGACCUCCACCGCCGGGUCCUGCCGACGCGGGUUCCGCAUCAAACCUCUAAAGUACUGCCACGCACGACGCGCAGCGAAAGCCGCCUACUCCGCCCUCCGCCACGACACCGCGUCGCACUACUUCAAGGCGGCCGACGAUCCCUUGGUAUACGAGCUGCGAGAGAUCUCCGGGCUAACGCUCAACUUCGCCGACGCGGUCUACCGGCGGAAGGCGCUUACCAUCGGGCGCGGGGACGCGGUCAUCAUCUAUGGUGUUCCCGGGACGAGCAACUCGGGACCGCUCCUCCCCAAGUUUUCGCCGCUGCUGAGGAUGACGUUCUCGGACGAGCUCGCGGAGCGGAAACGCGAGUUUUUCGACAUGCUCCGCCCAAUGCUCGAGUCCGCGCUCGGCCCGCGCGUGCACCAGAUGCUCGAGAUCCAGUCGCUCUCGACCGCGCCCUCGAAGCAGGGGCGCGGGUACGGCACCGCGCUCGUGCAGGUCGUCAACGACCUCGCGGACUCCCUCGGGCGCGCGGUUUACGUGGUCACGACGGACGCGUACCGCUUCUACGAGAAGUGCGGCUACACGCUCGUCGGCGAGGUCUUCAUCGGGGACGGGAACCCCGCGUGGCACGGGCCUCCCGCGCCGAUCAGGCUGAUGCUCCGAGAACCGAAGGCGGUCGCUCCGCGCGCCGCGCCGGAGUCCGGGUCGCGAAAACCCUGCGGGACACGCCGAUAA